GCUAGCUGAGUCGACUAGUAGGUCAGUAUGCUGGCAGCUGGCGCGGGCCCCCGGGCUAGCGGCCUGAGCUGAUCGGACGAUUUUCGGAAGGGCCUACUGUAGGGACCCCGAGGCGGUUACAACGCUCCUCCGUUAGCUUGCUUCUACUGCUGAAGGGAGAGGGUUCCGCCUUUCCUCGCCCAACUGACUCCUCGGGUCACACCUCGAGGAUCCUCCCUUGUCUCCCCGCAUGCCUGAUCGCCGAAGACAGCGAGGAACAAGCACCAGGCAAGUCACGCCUCAUGCCAUACCCCAGGGGAUGUUGAUUGCGUGUUAUGCUACUGUAACAAAAAAUGCUUGUGGUUGCCUGAAAUCGAAUAGAUUAAAUAAGUUUAUCUUGAUACAUAUUGAAUUCGAUGCUUGUAUUCCGAGGAAAAAUCGAUGUUUGUAUACUGAAAAAUGCAUAAAGGAAAGGUAAACAUCUCAGAUCAAACCAAGCCAAGAACAAAGAAGAACAGACCUUUGGCUAUCGCACGUGAGUAUAGCAUGUGACAGAAUGUCAUCUGAUUGCAGUGAUUUAAAGUUCACCAUGGAUAACAUCAUUUACAAACCCGUAUAAAUCAACGUCACCGUCAAAACCGCCGAGGUCGAUUCAAUUUGUUGUACUAAAUCUCAAAUCCAAACAGAAGUUUAGAUUUGGUGCUCCAUUAUUCAAAAGACAAAGCGAGCACGCGAGAAAAGGAAGCUGUGUCGUCACGAUACAAACUCCACAAAAAGGAUAGCCUUGGAGACGAAACCUCAAAAAGAUCCUUGGGUGACAAAUGACAACACAUUCAACUAGCUGCGCGAUGUCUCACAACAAAUGUCAGAUGUAAACGAAUUGAAUUAUGCUUCACUACUUCAAGAGACAGCGGCAGAGAUCAACAACAUCACUGGCAAGACAGUCUCUGCACGGGGAACCCGCAAGGAAGAAACCGAAUACUUGGAAAGUUUGAUUUCAAACCCUCGACGAUCAAGCUCAAAUCGAGAUGAUGAGAUGGAUGAAGGGGAGGUCAGAAAAGAUUGCCUUCGGAUGUACACAAAUCUUUGUGUAAGGUUGCGAUUGCCUUGUAUGCCGGAACUGAAGGCAGAUCAGAGAUUGGUAUCGAACACUCCAAAGAAAAGCCACAAGAGCCAGGAGUCUCUGAGUCGCGCGCCAGCCUUACGAACAUGGGAUGCCAGCCCGGCUCGAAUCAAGGCUAUAAGCCAGGCAUUGGUGCAGACUUUGAGAAUGAAGAAAGAGGAACCUGUUGUCAAGACCACUUGGAGGGACAAGUUUGAUGAGGAAGGGAAUCCGAAAGGAAUACCUUGGUGGCAAAUUGGAGAAUCGCAAUAGGCAGCCAACAUCACAUUCUGACUGCAUUUAGAAAUUUUCAUUGAAAGAAGACGAACUG